AUGAAGAUGAAAAAGAUUGGUUACCGGAAGAGUUCGAUAAAAGAUUGGACGGGAAGGGCAAGAGGGUGGGUGCCCCAAAUGUUGAUUCUCGAUCACGAGUCAGUCGGUGGAUUUGUGACUCACUGCAGAUGGAACUCAAUAUUGGAAAGAAUAUGUGCUGGUGUGCAAAUGGUCACAUGGCCAAUGUUUGCCGAGGAAUUCUAUAACGAAAAGUUGGUCUCUCAAGUGCUAGGGAUCGGGAUUGGAGUUGGAUAUAAACAGUUGGCUGAGUUCGGAAUUGGUGCAGAUGUUGUGAGCAGAGAUGACAUAAAAAAGGCAGUGAGACGAGUUAUGGCAGGUGAAGAGGCCGAGGAAAUGAGAAGAAGGGUGAAAGUGCUUGGCGAAAUGGCCAGGAAAGCUGUUGGGGAAGGUGGAUCAUCUGACUCAGAUUUGACUUUGUUAAUCGAAGAACUCAAGCGGCACAAAGCUGCUCGUGAAUCGAAAUGA